GCCAUACGGUGGAACAAAAGAGACGCGAUGAUACAAAUGGUGGACAUGGACGACCACGAGGACGAUGGGGUCGAGGGUCAGCCUUUCUGUGCGCAAAGGAGUCACCGUAGGCCAUUGGUAGCCGAGAAUUGGGUGUGACUGCUGACAAUGAUCUCAGCCAUGUUUACUCACAAUUCAGCCGAUUGUCAUUUGCAACGAGCAGAGUACAAGGCCAUCUCCGUUCUUAGCACGGUUGACUGGGUACAGGGGCUCUUGAUUGUUAUUCCGUUGCAGAUCUGUGCAGUUGGCGCCGAUGUUGCCAGCCUCGUAAAUUGGCCAAGUCCGGCGAGCAACUCACUCUUGAGUGACUGUGAGAAUUGUUACGAAGGAAUAUUGCAACUUCAAGGAGUCAUCGAUGGCUAGGCUACCUUAGGGGGGGGGGUCCCAGGUUAUAACCGCUGACUGUGA